UACAUGGCUCAGCAGCAAGUCUUCAGAGGAAGAAAUUCUCCUUUUCUACCUGGAUUCAUGUUUCCACUACGAGGAUACCUGCGCGUGGAUAGGACACAUUGGUAAAAGUACAGUGAAACAGCAAACACUCCACCACACACACAUCAGAAGCCUGCAGGUGUGUGCUGAUAGAAACUUCACACCCAAAGUGUCCAACUGUGAGAGCAAGUGGCCAUGCAUGCAACCUGUUUCUGGAUGGUCAGAGUUUCUGUUCUGCUGUUGCUGCUUUGGUCUCAACUGCUGAACAGCCAGCACACAGCAGACCACAGGAAGGUUCCUCGGAGGACAGAGUCUCAACAGGAGUUCAGGGCAGAGCAGGAAGAAGUUCAGGGGUCCUGGGGCACCUGGGGACCCUGGUCAUCCUGCUCCCGGACCUGUGGAAAAGGGGUACAAGAACAGACCAGGCCCUGUCUGCCUGUGCACAUUCAGUACCCCUCCAGGGGAGCAAGUGUUCAGCCCCAGCAGCCAAGCCAUGUAAUUUCAGCCCUAAAGCCUGCACCUUCCCUACACCAUGACGGAGCCUUCAACAGCAGCAGCAGUGGAGAGUUGAGGAGGGAGAAGCAGAUCAGGCCUGGUCAGCGCAGGAGGGUCACUCAAAUUAUUCCAGGGAGGUAUGGGUAUGGAAGAGCACCUUAUGUUGCAUCCCUGCAGACAGAUAGAGGCCAGGGCUCUGAGACACCUCGCCGCCACAGGCAGAGACGCUCAGCUGCAGCUAUAUCCCACCACCACACCGCUAGAGGCCACAAUGGCCACAGCUCAAGCAGCCUUAACAACUUCAGCAGCCUCCAUCGUUUCAGAAGACCCUACAUGAACCCCAGGGCUCAUCAUUCCAGAAACAACCAAGUCUGGGCCCCUCUUUACCAGCCCACUUCAGCAAACCAGGCUGGGGCCCAGCAGGAGCUGCAGUUGGGCAGCCAGAACUCCGGCUUUCAGCAGCACCAGGAGAGACCUUACAACCCGCUGCCUUCUUCCUUCUGCACAGGGGAGCAUGUUCACCACAGAAUCUGCAACAGUAAUGUCUGUCCUCCAUCCAGCAAACACACCCGAGCUGUUCAGUGUUCUUCUUACAACAACCAGCCUUUCAUGGGCAGACUGUAUGAGUGGGAACCUUUUAAUGAUGUUCCUGCAGAGCAGAUUUGUGAACUCAACUGCAGGGCCAAAGGCUUCAGAUUCUACGUGCAGCAGUCAGACCGGGUGAUCGAUGGUACUCCGUGUGGAAAGAAUGAUACUUCUCUUUGUGUGGCCGGAAAGUGCACGAGUCUAGGCUGUGAUGAGUAUCUUGGAUCAGGGAAGGUGAUGGACAAGUGUGGCGUUUGUGGAGGCGACAACACAACCUGCAGGCUUGUCUCAGGAGUGUUCAAACACAGUUUAGCCAAGAUCGGCUACCACAAGAUAGUGGAGAUCCCAGAGGGAGCCACCAAGAUCAACGUGACAGAGAUGGUGAAGAGCAGAAACUACCUAGCUCUACGAAGCCGUUCAGGAAGAUCCAUUAUUAAUGGAAACUGGGCUAUUGACAGGCCAGGGAAGUAUGAAGGUGGGGGGACAAUGUUCACCUACCGCAGGCCCAACGAGAUCCGUAGCACAGCUGGGGAAUCCUUCCUUGCUGAAGGGCCCACCAAUGAAAUCCUGGAUGUUUAUAUGAUCUUCCAGCAGCCAAACCCUGGUGUUCAUUACGAAUACAUUCUCCCCUCUGAGCAAAAAGUCACACCUCAAGAACCCAACCACAGACCAGAAGCAGGUGGUGGGAGGUAUCCACCUCAUCUCCCUGACAACCAGGUACCUGCUGUACAACCACCCAGACGUGAACAGGAGUACAACUGGAAAGUAACUGGUGCAACUGAAUGCAGCGCUUCUUGUGGAAAAGGUUUUAGAUAUUCGGUCUUUCACUGCGUCCACCGGCUGAGCCAUAUCCAGGUGUCGGACAGUUUGUGUGACAGCAGCAGCCGACCAGCUCUGCAGGAGGAGGCCUGCAACCUGCAGCCCUGCCCAGCCUUCUGGGAUAUUGGAGAGUGGUCAGAGUGCAGCAAGACCUGUGGUCUGGGGAUGCAGCACCGGCAGGUCCUGUGUCGCCAGGUUUAUGCCAACCGCACCCUCAACGUCCACACAAGCCAUUGCCGACAUCUAGAGCGACCUGAAACGGCCAGUUCCUGCCAGCUGAAGAUCUGCAGUGAGUGGCAGAUCCGCUCCGAUUGGACCGCUUGCUCUGUGCCAUGUGGGCUGGGUCAGAGGUCAAGAGAGGUGCACUGCGUAAGCAACGUGGGCGACUUUGUUCCUGAUGAGGAGUGCAACAUGAAUCUGCGGCCCGUUGAUGUGGAGAACUGUGACAUGGGAGCCUGUGCCAAGAGCUGGUUCUACACUGAGUGGGGCAACAUGUGCUCUGCUGAAUGUGGGAUGGGUAUACGAACCCGGGGAGUUCUCUGCCUGACCAACCACAUCAGCAGCCUCCCACUGGAAGGAUGUGGCAGUGAGCGGCCAGCAGACUCUCAGGUCUGCAACAACGGCCCAUGUGAAAAUCGCAUUGAGUGGUUCACAGGCCCCUGGAGCCAGUGCUCUGCAGAGUGUGGCACAGGGAGUCAGCAGAGGUCAGUGGUGUGCUUAAUGAAGUCAGAUGAAGGAUUCACAGUCAUUCCGCUGUAUGAGUGCUCAUCCCUGAACCGACCGCUCAGCAAGCAAAGCUGCAGCCUUAAAGCUUGUGGAGUGAAGUGGUAUUACACUGACUGGAGCACUUGCUCAAAAACAUGUGAGGGAGGUUUCCGUGUGCGGGAGGUGCGCUGUCUAUCUGACGACAUGCAGUCCAGUGAGGGCUGUGAUGAUCAGCUAAGACCAGCUGAGAGGGAGGACUGCAACCCAGAGCCCUGCAUACCUCACAUAGAUGAGAACUGCAAAGACAAGUACUACAACUGCAACGUGGUGGUCCAGGCUCGCCUCUGUGUGUACGAUUACUACAAGACAGCAUGCUGUGCUUCAUGUUCACGAGGGGCCCACAAACAGACUAUUUAUCGGGGCCGCAGCUAGCACUCUCUACCAGGGUCCCUCAGCUCCAUGUUAGGCCAGACUUGAUAUCCACAGAAGGCACUCUGAAGAACUAGACUGGCAAAACAUUGCCUGGAAUGGAUGUUUAUUUAGGUUGCCAAGGAUGGAAACUGAGGGAGGAACAUUUUUGUUGUGGAUGCAGCUGUUUGGAGAAAAAAAACAACAACUAUGAAUUGUUGAUGACACAAAUCUUGUUGCUGGACAGAUUCGUGGUGAAAUGGAGGAAAUCAUAUGCAAACAGGGCGAUCCAGAACACUUUCAGUCCUUUGCUUCAAGGAAACAGUUUGCAGCUUUUUUAUUAUUUUUUUUUACCAGUAAGGGCUCUUGUGGUUUCCUUCUGAAAAGGAGAGCUCCAGCAAACCAUUUGUGAACCAUUUAUAUGCAAAGUGUAUCUUUCAUUAUGGUUCUCAACAUCACAAUACUCAGAUUCUUGGCAUGAUGCCAUAUGAAGUCGAUGCAGUUUCACCGAUAAUCAAAUGCUUAACAUCUACCAAAGACAACAUAUCAUAUAAGAUAUCUAACCUCAACAAA